CCAUGUGCUCCCUGGCGGUUCAAUGACAGCGCUUGCGUAGCGCAUCACAGUGGGUCAUUUUUCACACGUUGACCAAUUACUAUAGGUACUCACCGAGAGUACACUUCCAUCAUCAACGCAUCAAGCCGGCCAGACAAACCGUGUUGAUGGAAAUUGGCCGGUCAAUGUCGAUGCUUUCGUCACGAGUAAUUUGAGCGCGCGCGCGCUCACGCGUCUGAUGAAUUAGGCUAGACAAAAACCGGCUGAUCUGCCGAGCCGAGUUCGGUUCCGACGGAAUGUGACGAACCUUUUUCUACGCACAUGAUCAAUGGGAGAAAGGCCGGGCCGAAGUUGGCCAAAGUGUCAGAAGGAAGAAGUUUCGUCAUAUAAAAGGACCACGAGAAUUUCGACAUAGGCAUAGUUCGCUUUUGUACUGCAAUCCAAGCAAAGUAUCAACCCCCAAAUCAACCAACAUGAAGUUCUUCAUCGUUGCGCUGGCCCUGGUCGCCCUGGUCGCUGCCCAGGAGGAAGAUGGUGACAAAUACACGACCCGGUACGAUAACAUCGACCUGGAUGAGAUCUUGAAGUCGGAUCGGCUCUUCAAGAACUAUUACGCUUGUCUGGUCGAAGAAGGCCGUUGCACAGCUGAGGGAAGCUACCUGAAGCGAAUCCUGCCGGAAGCCCUGGAGACGAACUGCGCCAAGUGCAGCGACAAGCAGCGCGAUGACGGAGUCCGUGCCAUCAAGUACAUGGCCGAGAACCGCGCCGAGGAGUGGAAGGUCCUGAAGGCUCGUUUCGAUCCGGAGAACAAGUACGUCGAGAAGUACCUGGCCGAUGCCGAGAAGGAGGGAAUCAAGCUGUAAACGGCUUGUUUUGAAUUUGUUUUUAGAGUGUUUUUUGUUUGACUGUUUUAGUGUGACGAUAAAAAAAUGAA